AUGAAAGCGUCUGUUGAAAAAGUCCACAUGGUGAAGAUUGAGGCCAUGAAAGAGGAAGUCAAUCAUCUGAAGGAGUGUUGCCUGAGCCCCAAUGUCGCUCAGAAACCAUACAACGACUUGAAAACUAAGGAGACGAAAAGACAGCGGUUCCAAACGGUUACCAAAGCGAUUGAGCAGUACGUGGGACCUGAAAAUCUGGAUGUCUUCUUGACGGAUUUCAUCCAGUACAUUGCCUCUAACGAGGCGUACUCGUUCGCCACGACUCUCGACGCCUCGACACACUGGAAGUUUUCCGACGGGUUUCUCAAAGACUCUCAAAGGUUUCUGUAAAAGAAGCUAAAAUUCGAUAUCUUCUCUUCUCGGCAGUCAAUUUUGAAGAUUAAGAAGAGAUUCGACCCAGAUGCUGACUAUUUCAUCGUAAUCGAAAGAACGAAGAAGAAGACGAGAUCUGGAAAGGACGUGGUCGUGCCUACCGCUGUUAUUACGGCUCGGGACACGGCGAAUCUUCUUUCUCGGCGCCUCACUACGCUGCACAAAAACGGCCGUCUCAGAUUCGACGAGUCAACCGGUGACGAUAUCGUUGUAGGAUUUGGCGGCGACAAAGGUGCUGACUUGACGAAGAUCGUUGGAGUCUUGCAGAACGUCGACAAUCCCAACAAUGCCCACAAUUGUCUUCUUCUUGGAAUGUACUCAGGAAAUGACGACCAUCCGACAUUGAAACCGAAAGUGGCAGGAGUAUUUGACCAGAUAAACAACCUGAAAACUGUCACUUAUGUGACAGGCGCUAAAACAAAAGUCGUAUCUCUGAAAAUCGUAACAUGCCGUAUGAACUCGAACGAUUACCAGAAGGUUUUGAAUGAUUCGAUUGUUCCAUUCUUCAACAGAUUCAAUCGAAAGAAGACCCAUCAGUUCCAACAAGACAAUGCCGCAAUUCACAGUAGUUCAAGCACCAAACAAUGGUUCACCAGCAAGAAGAUCAAGGUGCUCGAGUGGCCAGCUGUGUCUCCUGAUUUGAACCCGAUUGAGAAUGUCUGGGGUUACCUCGUUCGAGCUGUUUAUCGUCAUGGAAAGCAGUAUCAAACAGUUGCUCAGCUAGAAGCUGCUGUUAUCGAUGAGUGGAACAAAAUUCCUUCAGCUUAUCUUGAAACAUUUACUCAAAGUAAGCCGAAGAGAAUUUGUGAAGUUAUUCAAAACUUCGGAGGAUCAACGAAUUAUUGAUAGCUAUUCUUCAUUUUUGUUUUUGUUUCAUUUAUCAUGUUUUUGUACACCAAUAAAGUCAAAAUACUGUUGAAAAUCGUGUCAGCAACCAUCUUCCUUUUCCGGGUUACUGUAGUUACGAAAUAAGAUGUCAUAAACUUUGGUACUACUGUAACUCCAACAAAAUAUGAAUAAAUAAAACAAAAAAACAUCAAAAGCAUAAUUAAAAAUCAAAAAUAAGUUAUAACCCACAGAAAAAGUUAAAAAUUGAAUAAAAGUGUAUAAUUUUUUGAGGGGUGUGCUAUCUUUAUGACGCGCCUGUUUUAACGAUUUUUUGGUACCCUAGUCUUAUUUUUUGCGUGGGAUACCUAGAAAAUUGGCUACGUAGGUUUUUUUGGGCGUAGAAAACAAUGACAAUCACCAUUUUCCGUCAUAUUCUUUAGUUCUCUCCAUAUCGUCAAAAUAGGGGGGUGUGCUAUCAUUAUGACGCGCACUGUACUCCGUUAUCACACAUUCUGAAAAGAGUAUCGCUCUGAGCAGGUUGCAGAAAGGUCUCAAAGCUCCGCCUGAACUGUUUAUUAGUUUUUCGGUCGGGAUUUGAAGCUGACCGCUCAUCAUAUCACAGUAAAUGUUCAGCUUGUUAGUUGCUUUUCGUCUCCACGUUUGCAUGGUGCUGCCCCGAAUCAGAACUGCCCGAAUCAGAACUGCCACGAAUCAGAACUGCGCCCGCAUCAGAACGCGCCCGAAUAAGAACUGCCCGAAUCAGAACUGCCACGAAUCAGAACUGCCACGAAUCAGAACUGCCCGAAUCAGAACUGCCACGAAUGAGAACUGCCCGAAUCAGAACUCUUCAAGCUAG